CAAAAAAAUAUAUAAAAUUUCUUCCUGUCGUCUUCAUCCUCGCUUAUCGCAUUUGGUUUUUCAUAAAACUAUCGUAAUCGGAGCAUUCUCUACUCUCUGCUCUGUAUAGACGGAUUCUUCUCUACUAGUCUUUCCUUUAUCUGCCUACUUUUGGAUCUAACAGCAAAAAAUGCUGGCAGUUUUUGACAAAUCGGUGGCCAAGAGCCCAGAGGCUCUGCAGAGUCCUCAUACUGGGUCGGCUUCUGCUAUGAAAGAUGGAUUCUUGGCUAAGCAUUUUGGGUCUGUGCACCCUGGUUCGGUUACUGUCAAUCUUGGUUCUGCCGGUUCCAUUGCCUACUCUCUUGAUAGGCAGAACCCACUUCUCCCAAGAUUGUUUGCAGCUGUGGAUGACAUUUUCUGCUUGUUUCAAGGCCAUAUUGAGAAUGUUGCACUUCUUAAGCAACGUUAUGGAUUAAACAAAACAUCAAAUGAGGUGACCAUUGUCAUCGAAGCUUAUAGAACUCUCAGAGACCGAGGUCCUUACCCUGCUGAUCAGGUUGUAAGAGACCUAGAGGGCAAGUUUGCAUUUAUUCUGUAUGAUAGCUCUACAAAGAAUGUAUUUUUAGCCGCUGAUGCGGAUGGGAGUGUGCCUUUCUUUUGGGGAACUGAUACUGAAGGGCAUCUUGUUCUUUCAGAUGAUUCAGAGAUUGUACAGAAGGGAUGUGGAAAAUCUUUUGCCCCAUUUCCAAAAGGUAUAAAAAUCUUGAAGUAGUAGCUCUAAAUUAUU